AUGCGGCAAUGCAUUGCAGUUGAAACUGCGGUCUUGGCUGAAGAUGACAUCUUCAGCACUUUUGGGUGGAAUGGACAAGCGAACUUCGCUCGAGUCCAACCUCAGUCGUGCAGAUGGUCUCUUCUUCCGCUCGAACCCCGUCAGGUGGAGCACCUCUCUCGCAUCUCCCGCUCCGCAACCGGUCUCCGACGAGCCCUGGCCAGCCUGCGCCAGCAGAGCCCCGACCUGUGCCAGCCGAAUCUGGCCGCGGUUCGAGGCCGGCCCAGCGGGUUCGAGUCCCGCAGCGCGGCCGCUGCCAGCGACGCCCAACACCCGCGACUGCCGGCGGGACGUCGGCGCCGAGGCGAGCUGGUCACCGCCUUUGACGCGACUCCAUUCGCGGCCUCGAACCCGGUCUCGAACCCGGUCUCGAACCCGGUCUCGGGCUCGGCCGAAGCCUCGGUCACCAGGUCGGCUGGCCCGGAGUCGAGAGUCCAGAAGCGCCGACAACGUCGGCAGAUGCGAUUGGACCAACGUCAACGCAAGCGCUCCUCCGUCGAGACGCACGAGGCCGCAAGCCCGGCUCCACCCGAGGCCAGGCGCGAAGAGGCGCGCGGCUCGAGUCUGCGUCCGUCAGAGCGGCUCGGCACUCGAGCCGACCACGCGGAUCCGCCGGAACCGGCGUUCCGGGCGUCUCGCCACCGACCUUCCGAGGCCGGCGCAUCGCCAGCCCGGCCCUUCUACGCCCAACUGGGCGCCACGGCGCUCGCCAGCACCGGCCACUUCCUGCCGCGGUACCGGCUGAAGGAGAACGAGCCGUUGGAAUCCGAGGCCGACCUCUUCGCCCCGGAACCUCUGGCACAAUGGCUGUAG